AUGAGUGGGAGACUACUCUCCCGCAGCGCUAGGCUGCUUUCACAGAGAACGGCUGCGCGCCAGUUUCACUACUUUGGCGUCACCAGAGCUGGUGGGCUCUUCGGCCCCCAGGGCAGCGCCUACUUACGCGUGAGGUCAUGGCCUCUGGGAACAAAUGCCAUUCACAAUGUUCCAGCCAUCAGAACCAUCUCGUUCGCACGCGUCCUGCCCAAGCUUGCCUUGAAGCUUGCCCGCAUACCUGCCAUGUUUGGCGGUGCGAUGAUAGCAGGGCUUGCGUAUAUACAGUAUCAAGCAGCUCAAGCCGGAAGCUAUGCCAUUGACGUUAUAAAAUCUGCCGGUGAAACCGCAGGCGGAGUGGCCUUGAACGCGCUACAGGGACUUCGUGAUAUUGCCGAGCAGACACAGCAAGGGAUUCAAAAUACGAAGGAUAAUAUUGAAGUACCGGUAUGGGUACAAAAAAUUCUCCGAUUGAAUGAAUACGCUUCUUCUGGCCAUGGCGGAUCUUCCGGCGGUAGCGACAGUAACGGUGGAGGCCCAAAGAAGAGCAAUACUGGAAUUGCCAUGGCAGGUGCAGCUGCAGGCUCAAGUUUGGGCUUUGAUUCUGAUCAAGAGGGCCGGAGUGCAGCCAGUUUAGCCUUGGAUGAGCAAAUGAUGACAUUGACCCGGAAAAUGAUUGAAAUUCGGAAUAUGCUACAGAGAGUUGGUCAAUCCAACACUCUCACAUUGCCAUCCAUAGUGGUGAUUGGUUCACAAUCGUCGGGCAAGAGUUCAGUACUAGAAGCUAUUGUUGGCCAUGAAUUUUUGCCUAAGGGGUUCAAUAUGGUUACGCGUCGUCCCAUAGAGCUAACUUUAGUCAACACCCCUGACUCUUCGGCGGAAUAUGGCGAAUUUCCCGCUCUUGGGCUUGGAAAGAUAACAGAUUUUAGUCAGAUUCAGCGCACCCUGACUGAUCUAAACCUCGCAGUUCCGGAAAAGGACUGUGUCAUAGAUGAGCCGAUUCAGCUCUCAAUAUACUCCCCACAUGUGCCCGACCUUUCCCUUAUUGACUUACCUGGCUACAUUCAGGUUGCUGGGCGUGGCCAACCCCAGGAACUAAAGCAAAAGAUUUCCGACCUAUGUGAUAAAUACAUUCAAGCUCCUAACAUUAUCCUCGCAAUCUCCGCAGCAGAUGUCGACCUGGCCAAUUCCACAGCCCUAAGAGCUAGCCGGAGAGUAGACCCUCGUGGAGAAAGGACUAUUGGAGUCAUCACAAAAAUGGAUCUGGUUGACCCUGAAAGGGGUGCCAGUAUCCUCUCUGAUAGGAAAUACCCAUUGCGCCUGGGAUAUGUUGGUAUCAUUAGUCGCAUCCCGCAAUCUGCUGGCCUGUUCUCUCGUGGAAGUGGAAACAUUUCAAAUGCUAUAAUGAAGAAUGAAAAUGCAUAUUUUAACGCACACCCGCAGAUAUUUGGCCCCGACAGCGAACUAUUCGUGGGAACAAACGUUUUGCGCAAAAAGCUUAUGCAAACUUUAGAGCAGAGUAUGGCUUCUAACCUCGCAGGAACUCGCGACGCUGUCUCCCAGGAGCUGGAAGAAGCAACAUACGAAUUCAAAGUCCAGUACAACGAUAGGCCAUUGAGCGCCGAGUCAUAUCUUGCUGAGAGUCUAGAUAGCUUCAAGCGCUCAUUUAAGGAGUUUAGCGAAGGUUUCGGGCGGCCGCAGGUUCGCGAGUUAUUGAAAGCUCACCUUGACCAACGUGUUUUGGACAUUCUCGCUCAGCGGUAUUGGAAUAAGCCGAUAGAUGAUAUCUCAUUGGCUCUACCAGAACCUGAUCCUUUGAGCAGCCUACCCACUUCAAACUCAGACUCCAUAUACUGGAGACGGAAACUUGAUGCUUCUUCUUCUGCUCUUACAAAAUUAGGAAUUGGCCGUCUUGCAACCACUAUUGUUGCAAACUCGUUACAAAACCACAUAGAUUCUCUAAUCGCAUCGUCUACCUUCAACGCACACCCAUAUGCCCGGAAAAUCAUCGAGGAAGCCUCCACGACCAUACUUAACGAUAGGUUCUUCAGCACGAGUGAUCAAGUGGAGAACUGUAUCAAGCCAUACAAGUUUGAGAUUGAAGUUGACGACAUGGAGUGGUCCAAGGGCCGAGAAAAUGUGACUAGAAGCCUUAAGGAAGAGCUAAAAGCAUGUGAAAAUUCCUUAAGAAACGUUGAAAACACGGUUGGAAAGCGAAAGCUUAGGGAUGUCAUGGCAUUCGUGGACAAAUCACGAAAAGGUGAUAUUAACAUUGAAGGCGACGGUAGUGGCGGUGCUGGAGGCUUCAGUGCUUCCCUUAUUGAGCAGGCUCGUAAUGCUGCUUUCCUACGAGAUAGGGCCGACAUCCUAAAGAUGCGACUCCUUGCUGUUCGCUCUAAGCAGUGUUCUUCCAAGAAAAACAAAUAUUUCUGCCCUGAAGUAUUCCUAGAUGUUGUGGCCGAUAAACUUACAGCUACUGCCGUUCUUUUCCUCAACGUUGAACUACUAUCCGAAUUCUACUACCACUUCCCUCGAGAACUAGACCUAAGGCUAGGUCGCCACCUGUCUGAAGCAGAGGUGGAGCGAUUCGCCCGUGAAGAUCCACGAAUUCGACGACAUUUGGACGUCAUCCAGAAGAAAGAGAUGCUCGAGCUGGUUUUGCAGAAGAUUGAAAGUUUACGACAACUUGAAGGACGCAGUAAGUCCAAUUCUCAGCAAGCAGCCGCCACAAAGGAACGUGUGAAAGGAAGCUGGCGUCUAUUUUAA